GGCAGCGCCUUCACCAUGUCGCCCACCUUUUUCCACCGCAUUCUGCCGUGCGAAAGCGUGUUGCCUCGCCAAGCUCGGGCGCCCGUGCGGCAUGCCUGGGGAACUGGGGUCUCCGAGAGGAGUAGCCUCAGGUCUUCCAGCCGCUCGAAAUCUGCCAGUCAGGUGCACCCCGUGCACCCCGAGGUCGAUGUCGCCAAGCCUAAGUCCUCCAAGUCCUCCCAGUCCUCCAAGUCCUCCAAGUCCUCCAAGUCCUCCUGGAGUCGCAUUGAUGAUGCAUUGAUGACCGAGGAGUACCUGAACAGCUUUUUGGAUUGCCACGGCUUCCGUGACGCGCGCAGUGCUGAUCGGCGUUGUGGGGGCUGCUUUGGGUGCCGGGAGGUGCUGUAUCCCAUCCACGUGGCGGCCAGGCUUGGGGAUGCAGAGGUGAUGAAGCUGCUCCUCGCUGCGGGUGUGGACCCAGCGAAGGAAAGCUCCCAUGGCUACACUGCCGCAGAGAUGGCGGAGAUGGAGGAUGUGGAGGGCUCCCAUGCACAGGUUUUGUUUCUCUUGGAGCUCGCGAAGUGA